UUACCGAACAAAGAGGCCUCGUAAUCGUUUAAAUCCAUUACAAAUAUUAACAUCAUUUUUAUUAAUAUAAUAAUAACAAGAUAGGCGAACCGCUUCACUUUUAGCUGUGAGCUCGAGAUGAGGAUGAAAUAAAGCGCCCAUCAAAAUGGAUCACUGCCAAACUCAGACACGAAAAAUUCACCCCAUCGAAAACGCAAACUUUUUUUCAAAAUUAUCUUUUUUUUAUACGGGAAAGUUGUUUAGAAAAGCGUUGAAAAAUGAGUUGGAAGAAACGGAUCUCUAUCAGGUCACAGAGCAGUGCAAUUCGAAGAGACAAGGCGACCGAGUCGAACUCGCUUGGAAUAAGGUUUUAAAGAACGGCGGCAAACCCACCAUUGGAAAACUGUUGUGGAAAUGUUUCGGCCUCAGGUAUCUUCUUUUGGGCUUGAUACACGUCUGCUUCAGAGUCUUCACGGGAGUGGUUGAACCAUACGUCAUGAGUCAACUGAUAGGCUACUUCAAGGAAGGCCAAACUAAAUUGACGAAACAAGACGCGUACUACUAUGGCGGAGUGAUGAUGUUUUUGAACAUCUUCCAUUUCUUCUAUUUUCACAACUGGUGCCUGUACAUGCAAACGUUGGCGAUUCAAAUCAGAACCGCCUUUUCCUCUCUGAUUUACCGAAAAUCAUUGAAACUGACACCUUCAGCUUUAGUGGACGUAAACUUCGGCAACAUUGUUACAUUAAUCACCAAAGAUGUUCAGACAUUCCAAACGUCCAUUUGGAUGUUCAACGAUUUUUGGAUUUAUUCAAUUCAAGCUUUGGUUGUGUGUUCUCUCUUGUACUACAGGAUGGGCUUCAUGGCGUUCAUGGGUAUAGGGAUUAUGCUCACUUUCAUACCCUUACAAAUGUACAUGGGAAGAAUCGUGACCAGAAUGCGACUGACUGUCGGUGCGAAAACAGACGAGAGGCUCCAAGUUACGCAAGAAACCUUGUCCUCCAUCCGCAUCAUAAAGUUCUACACUUGGGAACAAUUUUUCGACGACAAAGUCACGGCAGCAAGAAAAAAAGAAGUGAACGCGAUGCUAAAAGGAUUCUACAUGAGAAUAAUGUUAAUAAUGCUCGGAAUUCUCGGCUCGAAGUUCUCCUUCUACGCACUGAUCAGUGCGUAUUUGUGGUACGGAGAAGACGUUUCGGCCGAUUUAAUAUUCUACAUAGUGGCGUGUUUUAAAGAACUUCGUCACUCUUUGGGUUUCAUGAUCCCAAUAGGUUUGGCGAGAGCUGCCGAAUUGUACGCUGCCAUUUGUAGAAUCGACGUCAUUUUACAAGCUGAGGAGCUACAAAAACCCGAAGGAUCGGACGAGAUCACCAUCAAACCGAAGAUAGAACUGAAAGGCGUCAGCGUCAAGAUCAAAGACAAAACUAUUUUAAAAGAUCUUUCCAUCUCGGUGAACUGUGGCCUUAUUUUGGUAACAGGGAACGUCGGUUCCGGUAAAAGUGCCCUGCUCAAAACGAUACUGCAGGAUUAUCCCAAGGACGUCGGUCACUUGGUGACGUACGGCAGGAUUUCGUACGCCUCCCAGGAUCCCUGGCUGUUCCCGUCGUCGGUGAGGCAAAACAUCCUCUUCGGCGACAAAUACAAUGCGGAACGCUACGAGGAAGUCGUGCGAGUAUGUGCGUUGAAAUACGACCUGGAUUUGCUCGACAAUCGCGACGAAACCAUCGUGGCCGAUCGAGGUAUCAAUCUGAGUAAAGGACAACAGGCCAGAAUUAAUCUCGCCAGGGCUGUUUACAGGGACAGCGAAAUUUACCUGUUGGAUGACUCUUUGACUGCGUUGGAUGCGCACGUGCAGGAUUACAUUUUUAACGAGUGCAUUAGAGGAUUUCUGAAGGACAAAUUGGUUAUUUUGGUGACACAAAGUGCGGCUCAUUUGGAGGAAGCGGACACGGUGAUUAUUAUGAAAGAUGGAACUAUUAAAUCUGCCGGAAAGCCCACGAAGAACUUGCUCAAGGAAGCCGCGGAACUUAUUGGAGUGGAGGAUGAUUUGGAGAAGGAGGGCAAGGAAGAUGAAGGGUACGAAAUUGUAGAAAAUGGAGAUGAGAAGGAAGAAACAAAAGAAGAGGAAACUGGUUUGAUACAAGCUGAACAACAAGUCAAAAGGAAAAAGGUUUAUCAUGAGGAGAAGAAGAAGGGAAGCGUCGCAUUUAAGGUCUACGAAAAAUAUGUGCAGUUUGGAGGUGGUUGGCUGAUGUUUGUUUUAAUCCUCAUAUGCUUCAUAAGUGCACAGUACAGUGAAAGUUAUUCGGACGGACUGCUCAGUAAAUGGGUGGAUUAUCAACCGAAAAUCAUUGUGUGCAAUGAAACUGUUUGGAAUUCAACGAAUAAAUCAAGCCCAGAACACAAUUUCACUUUAAGUGAAACGGUGACGGAAGUCACAUUACAUACCACCACUUUAUCAGAUGCACUAAACUUGACGGCAAACAACAUAUGUUCGGAUUAUGUGGAAAAGAGCAAUUUCGCUUUCAACAUGUUCACAGGAAUGAUGGCCGUUUCCGUUACUUUAAUGUUACUUAGAUCCUACGUUCUGUUGAACUUUGCCAGAGUCGCGUCGUUCAACAUCCACAAAGCCAUGAGUCAUUCGAUCAUCAACGCCGUGAUGAGCUUCUUCGACUCUCAUUUUAUCGGUAACGUGAUCAACAGAUUCUCGCAGGACUUGAGCAACAUCGACGAACAUCUUCCUAGUAUUAUGCAAGAGUGUGCCAGGGUGCUCUUCUCAGUUCUAGGCGUCGUAGCUUUAUUGACACUCGUAAACUGGCGUUUCUUUAUAGGCUUCUUGAUUUUCUUCGGCGUACUGAUUCUUGUUAGGUACACGUACAUGCCCACAGGUCGUAGCUUGAAACGACUGGAAGCUUCAACACGAAGCCCCUUAUUGGGACAUCUGAAUGCGUCCUUGGAAGGUCUGACCACAAUCAGGGCAUUUAAGCAACAAUCAAUACUCAUUGACGAAUUCGACAGACAUCAAGACUUGUACACUUCAGCCCAUUACACGUUAACUUGCUCAUCUAGGGCUUUAGGAUUUUGCAUUGACGCCAUGUGUUCCUGCUACAUUUUCUUGAUCAUCAGUCGGUUCCUCUUCUUCGACACUGAUGAGACUGCAGGAAAUGUAGGUUUGGCAAUAACUCAAGUAUUGGCGUUGGCUGGUCACGUGCAAUGGGGUGUUAGAUGUUGGGCAGAACUGGAAAAUUUGAUGACCUCCAUGGAAAGAGUGAUCGAAUACACGCAGGUCAAAGCUGAGAAUGUCGCUGGUCAGGUUAUUCCCAACUGGCCGAAUAAAGGAGCUGUCAAAUAUAAUAAUGUGUCUUUGACUUAUAACAACACGCACGAAAAAGUGCUAAAGAACUUGGACAUUAACGUCGAAGCUGGCGAGAAGAUCGGCAUUGUGGGAAGAACCGGAGCGGGAAAAUCUUCGAUUAUAUCCACGUUGUUCAGGCUGUACGACAUCGAGGGCAACAUCACGAUCGACGGCGUGGACACCAAAACCGUGCAGUUAUAUUAUUUGCGGCAGAACAUCGCGAUCAUUCCGCAGGAUCCGAUUCUGUUCAGCGGCACCAUGAGAUCGAACAUCGAUCCGUUGAACAAAUAUUCGGACGCCCAAAUUUGGGAGGUGAUUGAAAAGGUGAAGGUCAAACACUUGGUGCCCAGUUUGGAUAUGGAGAUCACAGAAAGCGGCACCAACUUCAGUUCCGGACAGAGACAACUGAUCUGUUUGGCCAGAGCGAUCAUCAGGAAGAACAGGAUCGUCGUUCUUGACGAAGCCACGGCCAAUAUGGAUCCAGAAACGGACGUUUUGUUGCACAACACGAUUAAGGAGAACUUUCAGAACUGUACGGUGUUCACCAUUGCUCACAGGUUGCACACCAUCAUCGAUUGUGACAAAGUUUUGGUGCUUGAUCGAGGCGUUGUUGCCGAGUACGAUAAUCCUAAAAAUCUACUGAAAAACAACAAGGGGCUAUUUUAUAAGAUGGCUGAUCAAUAUGGACUGUUGGAUGGAAAAUAAUUAUUUAUUUGUUCUAUUUAUUAAAUAUCUUAUUACUUGUUUUAAAGUCAUAAAAUACUAUGUAUUUUGUUGCAAAAUUUAAUUUAAUAAAACAUUACGAAUA